AUGACUUUCCUAACAUCAAACAUGGAUAGUAGUAUUGGUGUCGACAACGGUAGCGGCAGUGGCGGCGGCGGACUCGAGGCCAACCAUUAUGUCAUAAUGUUGACAUUUUCCUGUUGCUGUCUAUCGGCACUGUUGGCCGUAUUUGGCAACACAAUGAUCAUCUGGCUAAUAGCUACCACCAAAUCGAUGCGUACACCGACCAACCUGUUCAUCGCCAAUCUGGCCCUAUCGGACAUACUGAUCGGCGCACUGGUCAUACCGUUUCAGUUUCAGACAAAUCUACUGAAACGUUGGGUAUUACCCUAUUUUAUGUGCUAUACCUGUCCGACCAUUCAGGUGAUAACUGUGUGCAAUUCGGUGUUCACGUUGACCGCCUUAGCCCUGGAACGGUAUCGGGCAGUCAUGUAUCCAUUGCUGGCACACGUAUCCAAGUUUAACGCCAAAAUCGAGAUACUGGUCAUCUGGGUGUUGGCUAUUGGACUGUCGGUGCCGACCAUUAUAGCGCUUAAAGUACACUUAGUGUGGGACGAGUUGACCGACGAUAAGACGAUGCCUUUCUGCCAGAAUACUGGCCUAACAAACACAUUAUACGGCACUUAUAACAGUGCACUGGUAUUCAUACAGUAUUUUAUACCCUUAUGUAUCAUAACCUAUACAUACGUACGGAUGGCCGUCAAGUUGAGCGUCGAGGACAUGGAGACCGAUCUGUCCGUACGUGUUAUCAAUAAAAAUAGUGUCAGAAAAAAACGUAAAGAAAAAUUCAAUCAACAAUUUCGACAACAAUUCAAAAUUGUUUACUACCUGUGCUGUUCAAUGCGACACAAACCAGGACCAGCACCUGCACCUAACGGCAACGUUAUAUCCGACAAAUGGUCAUCAAUCUAA